AUGGAUUCAUUAUUGAAGCAGCAUGUAUCUUUUGUUCAACGAUUACGCACAUCUCAUACGAAUGUGAGUAUAGUAGAAGUUAUUCAAAUGCUCGAUGACAUUGUUCAAUUUCUAAAUACAACACCAAAUCAAACGAAUGGUUUGCAUGUACUUACUAUCAUUUGUCAUGACUUCGCAUCGAUUAAUGUCUUGAAAUUAUUUGAUAAUAAGACAAUAAUGCAACAUCAGUUUUUUCUUCUUAUUCAACGCACAUUGGAAAUGUUUCUAACGAAAGCAACAUUUAUUACAAUGACUAAGGAGGAUGAACAAUGUUGGUAUGAAAUAAGUCAUCUAGUUGUUCAAUUAUGCUUAUUCAAUAAUCAUCAAUUAUUUUCCUCUUCUGAUGAAAAUUCGAUUAAUCAAAUUUCUUACGAGAAUAUAUUUUUAACAAAAUCAUUUUUUGAGAGGUUUACUCGAAUUAUUCUAUCGGAUUUAAUCCUCAAUGAUUAUCAACCUUAUCAUAUUAAAUACAAAGUUCUUAAUCACCUACUUUAUCUUUCUACAGAAGUACUGAAUAUAAAUCAUCAUUUAUUAUAUGAUUCUAUUGUUCAAUGUUUAUCCUCACAUUUAUAUUUGAAUGUCUUCGAAACAAUUGACUUUCAACAAUCAAGAAUUAAUCCAAAACAAUAUUUUUUGCUUUACCAAUGUCCACAGUUUAUACAAGUGCAUAGUCAUCAGCACCUGAAUGAAAUAUCUAAUUCAUCAUGUCAAUUAUUAUUGGAAAACACCAGUAAAAUUUUUCAACAACAUUUACUACUGUUUUCCCUAGAAGAUAAAGUUGAAAAUCGUCAAGGAAAAGUACAGGCAAUUAGUUGGCAUAUAGAAUUAUUGAAUCAUUUAGCUUUGACACCUACAACAAGAAAAUAUUUUAGUCAAGGUAUGUAUUAA